ACCCCUUGCUUUUUAGUUUCCAUCUUAGAAUUGUGAGAAUCCCUCGAUUCAAGCUCCAACAACCAUUUCCAUUUCAAUUUCAAUUUGAAAACCUUUCUUUUCUUCUUCCAUGGCGGAAUAAGCCCAACCCCGCGCUGUCAUGAACCGCCUCCCUCGAUGAGCGGGCAGCAGAUGAGCCGCCGCGUGGGCGAAGUGGCCGGCAACGCGACGGCGGAGUGCGCGGCGGUGUGCUGCUGCGUGCCGUGCGCGGUGAUGGACAUGGUGGUGCUGGCCACCUACAAGGUCCCCGCGGGGCUCGUUAAGAAGGCGCUGCUGAAGAGGGAGAAGAAACAGCUGCAGCAUCGUAGUAAGAAAAACAACAAGAAGAACGGGCCCACCGUCGCCGCCCAGGACAAUGUUGGGCCCAGGCCCACCUUGGAGGACCACCUCGCCGAGGAGGUCGUCCACCAGGAGCAGGACUCCAACAUCCAAGACGACGGGUGGGCCCACUUCAACGGAACCGGCUUCUGGCGAAGCACUUCUCAGCGCCACCAACAACAACCUCACCUCCAAUCUCACGAUUCUCACCCAUAGGGACGCCUACACGUGUCGCGCUUCCACUCGCCGAUAACUGAACGCCUUUUCAGUGCCAUGUGGACCCGCAUUUAUUUCAUUUCCCUGGAUUUCUAUGCAUGUAAGACACUUGUGUAAUGUAAUGAAUAACACUAUGUCUAUGUCUAUGUCUAUGGCUAUGCUGCAUUCGUAUUUAUAUUAUACAUAUUCCUGAACUUGUUUACCAAUUUCUGAAACCGCUAUUAUUUAACA